AUGUCGUUAGUAACAUCAGUCGACAAACUAUUCUGCGGUCAACAGUCGCUGGAGAUAAUCGCCAGAAGUGGUGGUUAUCGGAAGAACUCCACUAAAACGACGACUACCGGUGCCGAUCAGGAGUCCAACACCGCCAUUAUGGUGGACACCAAGAAUCUGAACUUUCAUGUGUUUAACUUUAUGCUGUUGAAGUUCAGGAAUAUUACGACCCUGACCAUUAGGAAUUUGAUGCAAUUGUCGGACAUUAUUAUGUUUACGAUUACAGAGAAUUGUGACAAAUUGUGCUCGUUGAAUUUCUGUGAAUGCAGUGGAUUAGCACUCGACCACAAUACUGAGCACUCUAUAUUCAAUAGCCUCACCGGCUACGGCUGGCACCUACUGACUCAGGCCUACCCUAACCUCAGUUCACUAACACUACGCCAGUGUCGACUGAACGAGCAGGAGUUGACCAAGAUAAUCGCCGCCUGUGACAAACUCAAGCACCUGGACAUCAGUGACAAUCAGGUGGUGGGCGAGAGUGUGACACAUCUGGGCUCACGGAUCGAGACACUGGUCUGCGGCGACCUGUCCUCCGAUGAGACACUCGAGCAGAUCAUAGCAAAUGUGGUGAAAGGGAACGGCCGUCGGCUCCGGUGUCUCACGAUCUUCGGUGCCCUCAGUUCGCUAUCGGCGCUGAAAUACAUGUGCCGUUUGGAGCACUUGGAGCUUCACUUUCAUACGGAUGAGGAGAAUAUAACGUUCCUCUCGGAUAUCGGGUGUCUGUCCCUCCGGGUGCUGGUCUUGGAGCAGAUCAGGUGUUACGAGCAGAUGUCGGCCAUCGAUGAGCGACAGUUCCAGCAGAUGCUGAGACACUCGAAACAAUUGCGAAGACUUUGUAUUAAUGGUGAUUACGAGUGGGAUCUGAGAUUAAGCGAUAAAUCGCUGGAAAAGUUGGUGAUUAUGUGUCCAAUGCUCGAGGAUUUAAGUCUUACCGGAAAUGGCUUAAUCAGUGACACCGGCAUCACAUGCCUAUCGGCGCUGCCAUUACAACGCCUAACCCUCUCAGCAUUUCACUCCAUAAGCGACUCGUCGGUCAAAACACUAUUAAACAAAACCCAACUCAAGACAUUAGUAUUGACAGACUUAUCGCAAAUCACCGAAAAUCUGGUCAUACGUGCGAUCAACGUGUGUGAGGAGCACCGGGAGCGUCGUAUCGACAUAACCCUCUGUACGUCACAAUUAAACAAGAAAAUGUUGGCCAACCUGUCGCUGCCUAAGAACCUGACCCUCCGGGUGGACACACAGAGGAGUAAUAAGCUGUCGGAUGAGGAGCCGUCCACUUUCCAGAUGAUGAUUGUCAUCGGGAUGUCAGCCCUCAUACUACUGAUGGCGCUGUUGACUACGAUUGUGGUGGUGUUGGUGCCGAUGGCUAUGGCCCUGAUGAUGAUCCACGAGUACCUGAUCCACAGUUUUGUGAUGGAUAUGCCAAACAUUUCUUAUCAUUUGAAAGGAUCCCUGAGCUCUAAUCUAUUGCUCAUCAAACAGGCGUACCUUAAGCUCAUACAAGCGCCUAAACAUAAAGAUAGUAAAUAUGCGAUUGUUCAGAAAACACCACCAAGUGUGCCAUCAAAUGAUCAGAGUAUAGCCACUAGUCCUAAUGAUGAUAUAUCUACAGAAACUGCAAAAAUAAGUGAUACUGGUGCAAAUGGUGGUGGCACAUCUGUUGAUGGCGAUGAAACCCCGUAUGAAGAGGCUAACGAUUACGGAGUGCAGGAAUCGGCCGUUCAAUUGUUGAUUAACGAGGGCUCAGGCGAUGACAAGAGUCGGGUCACCACCACAGCGCUCGCCCCCACCCACACCACUACUGAUAUAAUAAAUAUUUUGGAUAACUUUAAGGACGGAUUUGAUUCAAAACUAAAGUUACGGCCAUUGAUAGAAUUCCCCGAAUGGGUUAGCACUGAGGGAUCGGUAGCCCAAGAAAAUCAUACGGCGCCCACUGAUCAAACAAUAAGCACUAAGAAUACUAAAAAGAAGUCAGUAGUCACGGGAGAGCCUACACAGCCGGGUGUUAAGCUCACAAACACUGUGGCUACUAAUGAGGGGUCAGAGGGUAACGAGAUUUCAACAACUGUUGAUCCCUUCUCAUCGAUAAGGGACCCGAAGAGACCACUGCUUCAAUUCCAGUACCAGGUUCACACAACCAUAAACAAUGCUAGUCUAACAGAUGUGUUGGAUGACAUCAAAGAACCUGACAUACCUUCAGUUGAGUCCAUUUCCUUUAUAGAUCCUCACGAGGUGUCAGAGGUGACGGAAGGGGAUACGAAAGCCAGUGAUCUAACUAUAGGCACACCAGAGACUAAUAAGAAGUCGAAAGUUAUCCCAAAACUAACGGCACCCAUAACUCAAUCCAUAAACACUUUGAAUACCAGUAAGGAGUCAGAGAUAACGAAAAGUCAUACAGAAUCCAGUGUUGAGGUGCUAAGCAAUACCAAAACUAAUGCGAUAAAAGUUAUCCAAAGUCUUACUCCACAGACAAGACUAUCAUUAAAUACAACACCUAAUAAUGAGUUAUUAGAGGUGACCGGGGUAACUACAGAACACUAUACUACUACUGAGUCAAAUUCGGAUGAGAGGUUCGAGGAAGAACUUAGUGGUUCGUUGAACACUACGGAUACCACUAAUAACUCAGAUGAUAUGGAUAACCAAUCAGAACCCAGUGACCAGUCAGCAAUUAACGUAACUGACGAGGGUUCAGUGUACAUGGAUAAACUCGACCAUUCUAUGAACUCUACCGAUUCUUAUCAGAAUUCAAAUGUGACGGAAUUGGAGAAAGGACAUACAGAAUCCAGUGUUCAGACUACUAGCACUGCCAACGUUAAUGAAAAAUCAGAGGUUACUGAAGAAUCUACGGAAUCUGUCGUUCAUUUAAUGAGCACUACAAAUACUAAGACGGAUACACAGGUCCCUCAUAAACUUACGGCACCGACAACUCAGUCCACAGAUACUACAAACACUAAUGAGGGGUCAGAGGUUACGGAAGGACAUACAAAACAGUCCAUAAGAACUACAGUUGUCGACAACGAUGGGUUAGAGUUCUUGCGAGAAUUGGAUCAGACAUCAAACGCCACGAAUACUAAUGAGAGUUCGUAUUACAACGAACCACUUACAGAAUCACAUGUCCACUCCAUAAGCACCACAAUAGCCUACGAGGGGUCGGAGUUGAUGGAAGAACUUAGAGGUGCGCUGAACAGUAGGAAUACCACUGAGAGUUCAGGGGUCACGGAUGGACAUACAGAACAGACUGUUCAGAAUACAAGUGCUAUAACUGGUGAUGACGGGUCACCCGAUGAACUUAUUGAGUUUGCUAACGCUGUAGAGGUCACGAAAGGGCAAACACAUCCUAGCGUCCACUCCGUAAGUACUAAACCUCCUGGUGAGGGAUCAACGUUGAAGAAAGAUCUUGCUCAGUCAAUAAGCCACACCAAGUCUAUAGACACUACCGAUUCCACUGUGAGUUCAAAUGUUGCCGAAGAACAUAUCGAGUCCACUACUGAUCAUACUAUAAGCACAACACAUUUUAUAAAGAACUCAAAAGCUAGUCAACUGUUUACGGCACCGACAACUCGAUCCAUAAACACUUUGAGUACUACUGAGGAGUCAGACGUAUCUGAAGGACAUACUGAACCCGGUGCUCAUUCAAUGACCACAGCAAAUGCUAACAAGGACGAUAUACAAGAACACACAGAAUCUAUUGUUCAAAUCGUUGACAGAAUCAACGCUAAUUCUAGCAAAGGUUCAAAGACUUCCCAUUCAGGCCCGACAACUCAAUCCAUAGCCACUAUGACUACUAAUGAAGGGACAGAAGUCACAGAAGAACGUACAGAAUCCAGUGUUCGGUCAAUGGUUACUCAUAAACAUCAGGUGCCGACAACUCAGUCAAUGAACACUACGAAUGCUAGUGAAGGAUCAGAGGAUACGGAAGAAUCUACUGUUCAAUCAAUUAGCACAACAAAGACUAAGAAAAGUUUCAAAACUAUUACGGGGUCAAAGGUUACUAAAGGGUCAAAGGCUACCAAGGGCUCAAAAGCUGCUAAAGGGUUAAGGGUUAUUAAAAAACAGAAAUCUCCUACAACUCAGUCCAUAUCCACUACGACUACUACUGAGGAGUCAGAAGUCGUAGAAGUAAUCACAGGAUCGGCGGCUGAGUCGGAAAACGACGCGACCACUACUGAGCUGUCCGGGGACGGGGAGGAACAGACGGAACUCAGUGACGAGUCCACGACUUCUGAGUCCAUUAGCAACACCACUGAAGGGGAGGACAUGGAUGACGUGACACUUGCCGAGGAAUCGGAUAUAAAGGUACCGAAGGGACCAAAGAAACCCAAGCGAAAGGGAGGGAAGAAGCACUGGUGGGACAACGACGACUUCCUUGAUGGUGAAUUUGAUGAAGGAGCAGUCGAUGCGCUCAAUAUUCGCACAUUUCUUCAUAAUAAUAGCCACACGAUUGGCGUCAAUGUAUUCUUCGCCAGAUUGGUUUCGUGCAGUCAUCCUCCUCAUGAGUCUCCCAUCAAAUUCGAUGUCUUUCUGUGUCGUGUAAACCAAUCUCUGGAACUGUUUAGAGACUGA